AUGGAGACCAGCGAGUGUCUCGGAGCCGACGCGCUCAUCCAGCUCCUCAAGAACUACUCGCGCUCGCUCAACAUGAAGACCUCCAUCACCGUCGGCAUCAUCGGCUACCCGAACGUCGGCAAGAGCAGUUUGAUCAACAGCUUGAAGCGAGAGCGCGCCGUGGGCGUGGGCGCCACCCCCGGCUACACGCGCGCCAUGCAGGAGGUGCACAUCGACAAGCACGUCAAGCUGCUGGAUUGCCCCGGUAUCGUCUUCUCCGAGAGCUCGUCCGAGUCCGACCUCGUGCUCCGCAACUGCAUCAAGGUCGAGCAGAUCACCGACACCGUCAAGCCCGUCGACCUGAUCCUCAGUCGAUGCCGGAGGGAGAAGCUGAUGGAGCUGUACAAGAUCCCGAUCUACCACGACACGCGGGAGUUCCUGUGCCACAUCGCCCACAAGCGCGGCAAGCUCGGCAAGGGUGGCGUGCCCGAGUACGAGGCCGCGGCGCGCACGGUGCUGCAGGACUGGAAUUCGGGCAAGAUCGCGUUCUACACGGAGCCCCCGAAGGAGAGGAAGGGCAUCCACGUGUCGGCGCAGGUCGUCUCUCAGUUUUCGGAGGAGAUCAAGCUCGACAAUAUCUUCGUCAACGAGGAUUCUUCAGUGCUCUCUGGUCUGGCGGACACGGACAGCGGGCGCUUCAUGUCGAUGGGCACCAGCGUCUUUUCGUCGACUGUCGACACUAAUCUCAUGCGGCACCUGGGCACCGAGAUGGAGGACAUGGGCCAGGACGACGAUGACGACGACGACGACAAGUCGACCGCCCAGCAAACGCGAUACCUCGUGCGCGGCGACGAGCACGCGUUGGCCGCCGCCGCUGCUGCCGCGGGCGACGGCAUGCUCGAGGAGGAGCAGGCCUACGACGCCAACGGCAACAACGCGACGCUCAUCCAGCAGCGCAAGCUGUUCGAGGACGAGGACAAGAUCAACCCGCAGACGCAGAAGGACCGCAAGAA